AUGUCAGAGGAAGAAACUGUUGAAGCUUCUUCUGAUUCUGGUGGUGACACAUCAAAAGAAAAUAAUAGAAAAAACGAUGAAACUCUAAAUAAAAAGGAUUCUAUCAUUACUGUAAAUAACACUGAAGCACAUGAAACAUCUUUGACAAAUAAUAUUGAAAAUACAAUUACAAAAUAUCAAAGUGAUUUAUCUUCGGAACGCCUCUAUCGUAUAGAAUUAGAAACACAAAUGUCUGAAAAUGUUAUUGCACUAGAAAAAAAAUUUAAAGAAAGUGAGGAAAAGUAUAACAAAUUGGUGGAACGCGUUAAUUUGAUGGAAAAGAGUUACACAAAAAACAUAGGAACUUUACGUGACGAGUUGGCUAGAAGUAAUAGUGUUAGUAAUCGUCUUGAAAGUGAUCUUCUUGAUCUUGGGAAUCGCUAUCGUAAUUUACUUGGAAUUAACAAAAAGAAUGCUGCUAAAAUGAGAGAGGAAGAGAUUGUUUUACCAAAUGAUUUAAAUGACUUACAGUUUUAUACUCUUCAAUUGCGUGAACAAUUGAUAGAAGUUCAAUCAGCUAGGGAGCAUGAAGUUAAUAAUUUAAAAGCAGAAAAUACAUUUCUAGAAGAUAAUAUAAGAGAUCUAACUAAAGAUAGAGAAGAAUAUCAUUCAAUGUUCCAGAUUAAAGAAAAUUAUGAAAAAUGUCAACAUCAUAUAGCUCAUCAACAGCAAAUAAUAAAAACACUUGAAGUCGCUUUAACUAAAGAACGUGAAACAACAAAAAUAUUAGAAAAUAAACUUAUGGAAGCAAGACAGAAAUGUAUAAAUCUUCAAGUUGAGUUAGACAACAGUGAAACUGUUCAAAGAGAUUUUGUAAGGCUAUCACAAAGUCUUCAGAUUCAACUUGAAAAGAUAAGGCAAGCUGAACAAGAGGUACGAUGGCAAUUCGAAGAUGAUGUUGACAAUUGUAAUGGAUGCGAAGUACUUUUUAAUAAACAACGGAUAAAAAUGAAUUGCCUACAUUGUGGAAAAAUUUUUUGCGGAUCAUGUUUGUCUCAGUCUGUUUCUAGUGGACCAAAAGGAAGAAAGGUACGAAUAUGUCAGGUUUGUAAUACUUUAUUGAAUAGAGAAAGUGCUCCAUAUUUUUCAAAUGAUUCGUGA